UCAUUGCGCAUUUCUCUUUCUGAGUUCGUUCUCUCAAAAUUCUGUGACCGCUGCAAGGUGAAAAUUCUCUCAUAAACCCUCGCCCUUCCCCCGACCGGUGACCAGCGCCGGUGAACAGCACUGCCACCGCUACCACCGCCACCAACGAGUGAAACCCUAAAUUCGCUCUUCCUAAGUGUAUCGAAAUGAAUAUCCCAAUAGCAUCAAAACCCAAUACAACCCCUAGCAUCAACAGCGAUGCCAAUACAUCUGCUGGACAAUGCGGCAACUGCGGCUCCAAAGACACCUGCCUCCUCCACCACGUUCGCCUCCGAGGCAUCUAUCGCCGUCUCUGCACCUCCUGCAUCCUCCGUCUCCAUCCUUCCUCUUUCUGCCCUUCCUGCUUCACAUUCUACGAUUCUUCCCCUCCUCCUCCCUCCAAGCGCCAAUCCUGCUCUACUUGCCCCUCCCUCACCCACUCCCACUGCGUCCCCUCCCACCCUCCUUCACCUUUCCCCUUCCUCUGCCCGCCUUGCGCCGACCCCAAUUUCUCUUUCUUCCACCUCGAUAAAACUAAUAAUCGAAGCAUUGAUAAGAAAAUGGCCACGGUCCUUCUUUGCGCAGCGAAGAUUGCGGCUUCCUCCAUGGCCAAGGCGGUGAUCGUGGCAAGGACGGAGGCUGAAAGGAGGGUUAAGGAGGCGGCUGUUUGUAGGAAGAAAGCGAGAGAGGCGUUGGAACACGUGGCUUUGGUGGCAAAGAGAAAAGAGGUGGAGUCCGUGGAGGUUUCUGGAUCCGGGAACUUGGGGAAACGGGAAAGAGGGAGCGUCGAUGUAACCGUCAUCGGAUCACCCAAGAAUGUGGAGCGGAUUGCUUCUGCUGGAAUUGCAAAGAGCAAUGGAAAUGCCAACAAAAAUUCAAGCCAAUUGGAAAAGGGUCUUGAUAAUGGAAGUAAUGCAGAGAAGAAGCAGAGCUUGACCAAUAAUCCUGGUAAUGUUAACGUUAAAGAAGAGGCUGUCAAGUCACUUGUUCAUAAUAACUCAUGAGGAUUCUUCACUGCUCCAGCCAAUAGCCAAAAGCUGAUACCCUAGAUGCAUAGGUCGCUAAAUUACUGGAAUUCUCUCUGAUACAAGUAAAUCUUGUGUGACAUGUCCAUGCCAAAAGAAGUACUAAUUUUCUCCCAGCGCAUUACAUUGUUUAUACACAUAUAUAAUGGUUGUUGUUAUGUACAAUUGAUUAGGGAACUUGUUCAUGUAGUUUGAUUAGAUUCUGGCUGGCCAAGUUUAAUUCUUUACUGCCAAUUUCUUGUACCAUUUUACAACCUAUUGUGCAUUCACAUCAGUGGUAGUAGAAAUUAUUGGAACUUCCAUUUUUUUCCUUUGCA